AUGACUACCGCCAUCCUCCAGUACAACACAAAGACCGAAAUUGAACAGACGGCGCUGACGGUGCAACAAACUUUCAAAAGUGGGUACACGCGACCACUCAAGUUCCGUCGGCACCAGUUGGAACAGCUCUGGCGCCUGAUUGACGACAACACGGACGCCCUUUGCGAUGCAUUGUACAUGGACCUGCGCAAGCACAAAAACGAGGCCACCCUUGGCGAAUUGAUCACGACCAAGGAGGAGAUCAACGAUGCUUUGGUUCAUCUGGAGGAGUGGGCCAGGGACGAACGGACGACGCCUUCAUUUAUCAAUCGUGUGGGAACCACCUGUAUCAAGCGCAAAGAGCCCAAGGGCGUGGUGCUGGUGAUUGCACCUUGGAACUACCCCGUCUACCUGGCACUGACACCCCUGGUCGGAGCUAUCGCCGCCGGAUGCACAGCAGUCCUGAAACCUUCCGAGGUCACUCCACACUCUGCUAGGCUGAUCGCAGAACUGAUACCCCGUUACCUCGACAAUAAAGCCUUCAUGGUCGUCAACGGCGGCGCACCCGAAACGACCCAGUUGUUGGAUCACAAGUGGGACCAUAUCUUUUACACAGGCAAUGGAACUGUCGCCAAGAUCAUCAUGAAGGCUGCGGCAAAGCAUUUGACGAGUCUGACGCUUGAGCUUGGAGGCAAGAGUCCUGUUAUUAUUGACGAGAACGCCAACAUGACUGUUGCUGCCAAGCGGAUCGCCUUUGGCAAGACCUUCAAUGCCGGACAGACGUGUAUAGCUCCGGACUAUAUCUUAAUCACAGCCAAGGCCGAAGAAAAGUUUGUCCCGGCAUUGAAGCAGGCCUUCCUGGAGAUGUACGGUCCGGACCCUCAAGCAUCCAAGGACUAUGGACGGAUCGUCAACACGCGCCAUUUCAAACGCCUGUGCGACGUCCUCAUGGAGAACAAGUCUGGAGACGUUGUCAUUGGAGGCCAAGCGGACGAGAACGACCUCUUCAUUGCCCCGACCGUGAUUGCCAACGUUGAGCGAGACGACAAGCUGAUGGAGGAAGAGAUCUUUGGUCCAUUGUUGCCUUUGAUCCGAGUGACGGAUAUCGACGACGCGAUCGAGUACAUCAACUCGAAGGAUGAACCCCUGGCGUUGUAUAUAUUUUCGACCAACAGGAAGCUGGUCAACAAGGUGCUGGAUUCGACUCGGUCUGGAGGCGUGCUAGUGAACGAUACGUUGAUGCAUGUCUCGGAGGGUACUUUACCCUUUGGAGGAACUGGACCUUCGGGGAUGGGAUCUUAUCAUGGCAAGAGUUCGUUUGAUGCGUUCACACAUGUCCGGUCGACCAUGAUCAAGGGACUGAGUCCGGUGAUUGAGUCGGCGAUGGGGUUGAGGUAUGCGCCUUACACUUCCUGGAGCAUGACGUUUGCCAAGAUGUUGAUGGAGACGACCCCGCAGUUCAAGCGUGGGUUCUUGCAGAAGUACAUCAAGUGGAUUGUUGUUGUCCUUCUCUUUGGCGUCCACUAUGCUCGCAACAUUCGUCAUUGA